GUGGGGAGAGUGGCCGUGCGCAACCCGAGCGUCCCUGGUUCAAUUCCCACCUAGUACCAACCUCGUCACGUCCGUUGUGUCCUGAGCAAGACACUUCACCCUUGCUCCUGAUGGGUGCUGGUUGGCGCCUUGCAUGGCAGCUCCCUCCAUCAGUGUGUGAAUGUGUGUGUGAAUGGGUAAAUGUGGAAGUAGUGUCAAAGCGCUUUGAGUACAUUGAAGGUAGAAAAGUGCUAUACAAGUACAACCCAUUUAUUUUAUUUAUUUAUGUCUGACCGGUAGGAGGCCACGGGGAAGACCCAGGACACGUUGGGAAGACUAUGUCUCCCAGCUGGCCUGGGAACGCCUCGUGAUCCCCCGGGAAGAGCUGGACAAAGUGGCUGGGGAGAGGGAAGUCUGGGCUUCCCUGCACUGGGGCUUCUGCCCCCGCGAUCCGACCUCGGAUAAGUGGAAGAAGAUGGAUGGAUGGAUAAUAUACCAUAACGUCCAGCAGGGGAUUGGCCAUCCAAAAGAAUGUCCCCUUCAAACGCAGGGGGAUCUACAGUCCACCCACAUUAAGUACGAAGAGGAAGCACUCUGGACCACUCAGGAGGUCGAGUGUCUUCUCGGACUCGAGGAAGCUGAUAUCACCCAGUCGCCACUGACUGGUGUCUCUGUGAAGACAGAAGACCAUAAGGACAAACCGCAAGCGGACAACCUCUUAGCUCCACUCUCAGAUAGCGAGGCAACGUCACACUCUCCUGAAGAUGAAGACAGGGACGACACCCAAGAACCUGCGAGCAGCAACACAGACUGUGAAGACAUCCAGCAGCUGAUCAGUCAUCAAGAAGGACUUCCUUCUCAGUCGCAAGUGGGAAUCUUCACCUUGGAACAGGAGGAUCCGCAGUCAACCCACUUUAAAGAGGAAGAGGAGGAACCUUGGAUCACCCAGGUGAGAAAGUGUCUUCCGAGGCCGGAAGAGGCUGAUCUCACCAAGUUCCCACUGACUGGUGUCCCUGUGAAGACCGAAGACCAUGAAGACGGACAAGAAGCAGUGAAACUCUUAGCGCCACUAUCAGAGAGUGACGACACAAUGUCACGCUAUCCUGAGGAGGAAGACAGGAACGAAAGCCAAGAAGAACCUCUAAGCAGCGAUACAUACUAUGAAGGAGAUAUGAGGACUCACGACAACCAACACUCCCAAGACAAGCCACCUCGAAACAACAAAAAAUGUUUGCAAACAUGCAAAAAAAUGUAUGUUUGCCCAGUUUGUGGUAAAGGACUUUCUUAUAAACGCAAUAUGGAAGUACACAUGCGGACGCACAAUGCAGAAAAACCCUUUAGGUGCUCAGUUUGCGGUAAACAAUUCUCUCAAAAGGUGCAUUUGGUUUCACAUAUGACAACACAUACAGGAGAAAAACCCUUUGGUUGUUCAUUUUGCGGUAAAGGCUUUACUCAGAAAACACACAUGGUAUUACACAUGAGAACGCACACUGGAGAAAAACCAUUUCAGUGCUUAUACUGCGGCAAAAGAUUUACCCAAACAACACACAUGAAAUCACACUUGAGAACGCACACGGGAGAAAAGCCUUUUAGCUGCUUGGUUUGUGGCUAUACUUUUUCUCAGAUGGGUAAUUUGAAUAGACACUUGAGGACACACACAACGGAUAAGCAUUUCAGCUGCUCAAUUUGUGGGGAAAAGUACACCUGUAAGACCAGUUUGACGUCCCACAUGCGGACACACAAUAGAGGAAAACGUUUUAACUGCUUAGUUUGUGGUAAAAGAUUCUCUCAAAAAUCAAAAAUGAGAGCACACAUGACAAUACACGAAGAACAUAAAGCUUCUUGUGGAUCACUUAAUGAUGAAAGAGUUUCCAAAGCAUUGUGUAUACUAUCAAAGGAAAGAACGCAAUCAAGGGAAAAACCUUUUAAUUGCUAUAUAUGUGGCAAAAGUUAUACAGUGAAGGCAUCUUUGAUUGUACACCAAAGAACUCACACUGAAGAAAAAGCCUUUAAACUAUAAAGAUAUCCUGAUAAAAAAAACAACUUACACAGCACACAUGUAUGCAAACACAUGAGGGGAUAACAUUCUCCAGUUUGUGCUAAAAGAUUGUCAAAUCAGAUCCGCUGUGUGUAUUCGACAUUAGAUUCUCACAAGUGCCGUCAAAAAUUCUUUGGAUACAAAGUACCAAUGAUUGUCACACACACCUAGU